AUGGCUUCAGAAAUCUUGAUUCUCCUUGCUGCCUUGAUUUGGCCUUGCGCUGAGAACAUCAACGUGAAAAUAAGUUGUUCUAUGGACUGGUUGAUGGUCUCUGUAAGCCCAUGUGCAUACAGCAGCAAUUUGUACAUAUUUGCUGACGAAUUAUAUCUGGGAUCGGGCUGCCCUGUGACUCGGAUACAAACAUAUACCUAUGAUUUUAUAUACCCUGUGCACGACUGUGGGAUCAGGACAAAGGUUGUUUCAGAGGAUACUCUCCUUUUUCAAACAGAGGUGUACUUUAACCCUAGGAAUAUACAUUGUGACCAUCAGAAAAUCCCUUUGGAAUGUUCUGCCUCUAGGAAAUCAGUGUGGUUUACACCAGUUUCUACAGAUAAUGAAAUAAAAUUGGAUCCCAGUCCCUUUAUUGCUGAUCUUGAGACAACACCAGAAGAGUUAGGAUUAUUAAAUUCUAGUCAAACUGACUCCAUAUUUACAGAGAAAUUGAAACUUGGAAAUUGGGCUCAUGAAUUUUGUUGGAAAAACAAUGGUUUUAUACAAAAAUAAUUGCUAUAAACCUUUCUUUGGGUAUCUGAUCCCUAAAACCCCUAAUUCAGUGAAGGUCCUGAUUCAGUGAAGGUGAAUUUUUAGAUACUUUUAUUUAUUAGGGGUAUGUCUUAUUAAUUUAAUGUUGACUAUCAGAUAAUCCUAUUACCCAUUAAAUUUU